GGGCGGGGCGGGGCGAAGAGGGGCCGGGCCGGGCCGGGCAGAGGGGCAGGGUGUAGGUACAGGCAGAGGUAGAGGUACAGGCAGAGGUACAGGUAGAGGUACAGGUGCGGCGCGGCGGAGGAGGCUGUGCGACAUGAAGCCCUUCGCGCUCCUCCUGCUCUGCCCGCUCUCCGCGGCCCUCACAGGGCGCUUCUGGCACAUCACCGACCUCCACUGGGACCCCGGCUACGACGCGGCGGCGGCGCCCUCGCAGGUGUGUCCCUCGGGCGGCGCCCAGGCCGCGCCGGCCGCGGGGCCCUGGGGCAGCUACGUCUGCGACGCGCCGUGGCGCCUGCUGAACUCCUCCGUGUGCGCCAUGAGGAGCCUCCUGCCGCGGCCCGACUUCAUCCUUUGGACCGGAGAUGAUACUCCUCAUGUCCCCAAUGAGCAGCUUGGAGAAAAUCAGGUUCUGCAUAUAAUUGAAAAUCUGACUUCUCUGAUAAAACAGAUAUUUCCAGAAACCAAAGUCUAUGCUGUGAUGGGCAAUCAUGACUUCCACCCCAAGAAUCAGCUUCCAGGGAAGGAGCACAGGAUCUACAACCAAACAGCCGAACUGUGGCGCUCCUGGCUGAACGAUGCUUCUGUUCCUCUGUUCAGAGCAGGUGCUUUCUACAGUGAGAAGCUGCCCAGCCCAAAUACAAGGGGGCGAAUGAUUGUCCUCAAUACCAAUCUGUACUAUGACCAGAAUAACGAGACAGCUGAUGAGGAAGAUCCUGGUGGGCAGUUCCAAUGGCUGGAAGAAACUCUGACCAAUGCCUCAAAAGCAGAAGAAAUGGUCUACAUUGCUGGGCACGUUCCUCCUGGUUUCUUUGAGAAGAAGAGAAGCAAGCCCUGGUUCCGGAGUAACUUUAAUGAACGAUACCUGAAAAUUGUGCAGAGGCACCACAGCGUGAUUGCUGGCCAGUUUUUUGGACACCAUCACACUGACAGCUUUCGAAUGUUUUACAGUGAUACAGGUUCUCCAGUCAGCGUCAUGUUCUUAGCCCCUGGAGUGACUCCCUGGAAAACAACAUUACCUGGAGUGGCUAAUGGAGCCAACAACCCUGGGAUCCGGGUGAUUGAUUAUGAUCCAGACACCCUUCAAGUGAAGGAUAUGGUGACUUACUAUUUGAAUCUAACUCAUGCCAAUAUGGUGUCCCCAAUAUGGGAGAAAGAGUAUAGGCUGACAGAAGCUUUCCAAGUCCCUGAUGGCUCUGCCCAGUCCAUGCAAACAGUGCUGGAGAGGAUAUCGAAGGAUGCACAGUAUCUGCAGCAGUAUUAUGAAUUUAACUCUGUCAAAUAUGACCUUACCCUGUGUGAGGAGGCCUGCCGCAUUGACCAUGUUUGUGCCAUCAGGGAAGUUGAUUUUAUACGAUACAAUGAGUGUAUCGAAGCCAGCAGCUCUGCCUCUACCAUCACCAGUGUUUUUCUUUUACUGUUCUGCUUGCUGUUAACAUUCCUCAGUCCCCAGAAAGCACUCUAAUGACUUAAAACAGAAGUGAAUGAAGAGAGGACAUGCUUCACAGCACAUUUGAAUCAGCAAUUGUGAAUACUUUUGGUACUGAGAACUUACUAGGAAACCAAGACAAAAUUAGUGGCUUUUAGUAAAAGCUCUGCAGUGUUGAUUUGAACACUUCUAGUAAAGCUUGGUGUAUUGGGAAAGGGCAGUGAUUGCCAUGAAGCUUUCUCAUGCCUGCAGAUGUUCUGCAUCAGGGAGUUUCUCUUUCUUCAACUGUGACUUCUGAGGUGGUCUUACAGUUCAGCAGAUCAAGGCCAGGCUUCUCCCUAGAUUUUAACUUGACCUCCUAAUGUAUGAGAGCUGCGAGUCUGCCUCCAGAUACAUUUCUCAUGUUAGCACAUGCUUCUUUUCUUAAAAGACCACGCAGCUGGAGACCUGGAAGGAUUGAUUUUGGUGAUCUUGUAUUGCCUUGCCUUUAGCUUAUGAGAAAAGCCAGGCAGGAUUAGUUCUUCCUCUGACAGUAUAUGAACUUCUACAAGUUUGGGCCAUGACUUUCUCAUGCCAGUGCCCAAGGUAAGGUUCCAGGGCAAGAAACCUGAUUUUCAAGCCUUGGGCACAAACAACUGUUCCCCAAGCACGUUUUUUGCUCUUUUAACUCACAUCCAUUUAUGUUCUUCCUUUCUUGCAGUGCUGGGGCAUUGCAAGCUGACCUUGACUGCUGUGAAGCACAUAACAAUUCAGUUAUUUGCCAGCCUUGGGCUCUUCCCAGCUUCUCUCAGAGCCAUGAGGGAACUGAUACAAAGUGAUGUUAUUGGACUCUUUUAGGUAAAUGAGACAUAGAAGAAAUACUUGCAUUGUCCGUGAACGGCAGCCCCAGGCUCCCAGAGAUCUGACAGUGGGCUGAGGAGAACACAAGCUUACAAGGCAAGUGGGAGGAUGUGUAGCCUAAGGACACCAAUGUGUUAGUGCAGUCCCAGACUGCUUACACAAGUCACCUGCAUGCUAUCAGCAGACCAUUUUGCCAGAAAGGUCUAUACAGCUGAAAAGUGGAAAAGACUGUGGAAGUGAGGAUAAAGCCAGCCACCUGUGAGCUGAAUAGCACAGCUUUGACGUGCAGCUAUGAUCCUGGGCCUACCAGAGAAGCACUAUGUAUGUUAUGUCAGAAAAGAAACAAGGGUGCAAGAGGAAUGGCCCUCACCUCUAAUGCUGUUCAGCAGACAGAAGAUAGAAGACUGUUAUAUGACUGUGGACAACCAGCUGCUGCUCUGCACCUCAGUUUAAAAACUUCAAGUUUCAAGAUCCAACCUUCACGUUCAAAACAUGAAGCAGCCAUCUCGCAUCUCAGACCUGGUUUCCACAGCUAAAACUCUGUUUUGGCUGGCUGUGAACAGCAGUCUCCCAUAGGAGAUACUUUCUGUGCUACCUUUCCUCCCUGGUGUUGUGUAGUGGGGUACAUGCUUCCAGGAUAUUAUGUAGCUGUCUAGUAUUCUGGGCAUAAAAACCUACAGUGUAUAAAUCCUUGUUCUUUUCCAGGGAGAUGUCUGGCUGGGAGCUGAUUUAUAGCUUCUCUACUGAAGCUUAAUGGGUAAGGUGAAACUGAGAUGGAUGGAGCGAAGUAGCACUCCGGUGACAGUGUGUAGGGCUGUAGUGGAUGGUCUGUUGGAAAUAAAUUGAAUGUUAGACCCACAAAUCAGCUGACUGAGAACACAGGUUACCAGUGCAGGGCCCGGAGGCAAAUGGGCUAAGGGUGCUGGUGCUGGGGGGUGGCUGUAGUAUUAAGUUUUGCACUGCCCCUGAUAUCUUCUUGUUGUUUGCAUCAGGAUUACAAAAUUGGCAGUUCCCGAAGCAGCAUCUCUGGAGGUUUCUUGCUUCUGCUCAUCCUCUGAUUUGUUUUAAAGCAGUUUCCUGAAGCGCACGUGGAUGACUGUUAUAGGAAAAUAUUCAAGUUAAAUGCCGCGGCGUUAGGAGGUUGCAGAAUUGACUGGUUUUGCUGUGUGGGUGGCGAUGAGUCUCCCUGAAGUUCUGCAGGCCAAGCGUUGACAGCACGCAAAAAUGGUUUCCGUUGAGAAAUAUAUUGUAAAUCAGCCAAUGUGUGCGAAUUAAAGGGAGUGAAUGAUUACAAAGUUCACAAAAAAAUGCUAGUCAGCAUUGGUAAUAAAUCUUUCCUGACUGUG